GUCCCCAAGCCCUGGCACUCCGUAGUCGCCUACGAAGCCAUCAACCUCUUCGCCUUCCUCUUUAACUGCGUCGGCAAAGCCCUCCCCACCGUAGCCACCGCAACGCUCUACAUCUCACUCAUCUCCUUCACCGUGAUCCUCAUCACCGUACCCGCGGCCGCACCCACGCACGCCAACGCCCAGUUCGUCUUCACCAACUUCGUUAACUCGACUGGCUGGCCCUCCGACGGCCUCGCCUUCCUGGUCGGCCUCAUCAACCCCAACUGGGUCUUCGCCUGCCUCGACUCCGCCACCCACCUGGCCGAAGAAGUCUCACGUCCCGAACGCUCCAUCCCCAUCGCCAUCCUCUCCACCGUCGCCAUCGGCUUCAUCACCUCCUGGUUCUACUGCAUCGCCAUGUUCUUCAGCGUCCACGACCUGGCCCUAAUCACCUCCACGCCCACCGGCGUCCCCAUCCUCGCCCUCUUCCACCAAGCCCUGCAAAGCAAACCCGGCGCAAUAGCCCUCGAAUCCCUAAUCCUAGUCACAGGGAUCGGCUGCCAAAUCGCCUGCCACACAUGGCAGUCCCGGCUCUGCUGGUCCUUCGCCCGCGAUAACGGCCUCCCCUUCUCCCGCUUUCUGGCCAAGAUCCACCCCGUCCUCGACGUCCCCUUCAACGCCCACGUCGUCAGCUGCACCGUCGUCUCAUUACUAGGCCUCCUCUACCUCGGCUCCUCCACCGCGUUCAAUAGCAUGGUCUCGGCGUGUAUCGUUCUGCUGUACUCCAGCUAUGUCGUGCCCGUGAUCGCCCUGCUCUACAAGGGCAGGCGGAAUAUCCCCCAUGGACCUUUUGAUAUGAAUUAUGUUUGUGUGGUGUAUGCCGUUGUCGGCGCGAUUAUUGCGGCCGAUUGGGUGGCCAGGGGGAAGAGGCGGUUUAGGGGUCAGGAUACGAGACAUCUGGAGGUGGAGGGGGAGGAUUAUGCUGAUUAA